UUGUACUUAAGCGAGGAGUGGAGCUAAGCAUUAAAUUACAGGAAAAGCUACAGGUAGCAAUCUUGAUCUCCUGCGAAGUUUAAUUUUUUAUAACUUCAGAUUUGGGGGUGUUUCUUUGAGGCAACCAAACAAAUCGCCAUGGAAACGUCUCAAGACAACGAGAAAUUUAGCAGCCGGCACCCCGAGAUCGUGAGCUGUAGUAAGGACGCUGGCAGCAGGACUACCCAGGACCGAGCCGAGCUGGAGGAGGACUCUGAAAAAGCCGACCUCAGUCAGAAGCCACCCUACUCGUACGUAGCUCUGAUCGCUAUGGCUGUCCGGGAGAGCCCGGAGAAAAAGCUCACCCUCAGCGGGAUUUAUCAGUUCAUAAUAAACAAAUUUCCAUAUUACGAGAAAAACAAGAAGGGUUGGCAGAAUAGCAUCAGACACAACCUGAGCCUCAACGAGUGUUUCGUUAAGGUUCCCAGGGAAGGCGGCGGGGAGAGGAAAGGUAACUUCUGGACUCUCGACUCGGCUUUUGACGAUAUGUUCGAUAAAGGAAAUUACCGGAGACGCAGACGAGUGAAAAGGCCAUACCGACCGCCAUCUGCUCCAUACGGGAAACCCUGCUUGAGUUACAACGAUCCGUACUAUCUGCAUCCUAACUCCAAGUACCUCCCGGCUGCUUUUGUCAAUAACUCGUGGUCGGUGGGACAGUCUACCCAGUUUGGACAGACGACCACGUCGUUGAGCUACCAGCAGUGCCAAGCCAGCAGCGGGAAUGCCAGCCCCGUGUCUAUGAAUGGAUAUGCCAGCCCCCUUCACCAGUCAUAUAACCCCUAUCACCGACACUUGGUUUCUGCGAUGGGAAAUCACUAUCCCUGUAUGACCCAGCAAAUCAGCCCGGGGGGAACGUCAGCGACUGCCAGCACUUACCAGUUGCCUGGUGCCAGGCAACCUGAAAUGCCUGUUAUGCAUUAUUGGGAUUAGGAGGAAAACGUUGAUACUGUUGAAGGACAGGUGCUGUUUUGGAUUAAUACAGACUGUGUGGUAACGUGCCAAACCAAGAUGAUUUGUGUCAACGUUAUUUUUAAAAGCAUUUGACAACCGUGGUUUAUUUUCAAAAGACUGGAGAGAAUCUUGCGCUUGGAUUGACCCGUCCCUUGUGCCGCCGAGGUUCACUUUUCAGCAAGACAACACUGUCCUUGUUCGGUUCGUGUUGAUUUGUCUUGUUGUCAGAUUUGAAUUGCAGUGAAUUGUUUUUUUUGUUUUUUUCUCCCUGUGUUAAACAUGUUCGUUUUAAUGUUAAAGAUCAUAAUUGUUUUGCUUGAAUUGAAUGUACAAAAAACCCUUUGUUUCUACAACCUUUUAAAAAAAAAAAAAAAGAAAAAAAUCGUUACAUGUAAAGGCAUUUUCACGUUGAAGGUUAACUUAAAUUUAUGUGCAUAGCACUUUUUUUAUAUUAGUAUUUCUGUUUUAAUAAAUGCUAAUGCUGGUUAAUGCACCUUCUGUGACUUGUGUAAUUUGAGGUUUAUCCAUCUUGUUUUUGCAAAAAAAAAAAAAAAAAUGUUGGGUUACUGUGGUAAAUUUAGUUUGCAAAAGAAAAUAAAAAGAGAAAUAUAUAUUUGAUAUUAACGAAUAAAACUUAACAUGUUAGACAACUCAAUUUGAAGACAAAAGUUGUCAAAAUAUGUAAUGCGUAUCUUUUAGCAUUGCUACAUAUUUUACAAUUUAGUGUUAUUCUGAGUUUAUAGGUAAAUUAUACAUUCACAUAUUUCAUGACAUGCAAGGCAACUCAAUCCGAUCAAUUACGCAUGCUUUCGAGUUUUUAUCGCAAAUUCUGUACACGAAGUUUUUAACUACAUUUCAUAUAUACUUUUUAAAUAUAUUUAUUUUCCAGUGUUCGAAAAAGUUGUUAAAUGCAUUAUAAAAAGGUCAGUAGCUUAUUUGUUCUACCUAUAGAAAAAAACAUUAACACAAGCCCAAAUAAACACGUAUUUCUCAGUGUCCUAUGUUUCACUGACAUGUAAAACGCAUAGCUGUUUACCUACCUGCUCACUAAUAACACAACAAUAACCACAAUAAGGGUUAAUCUUAUGAUUAUUAUAGCGAGAGAUUAUUAUUAAAUGUUUUAAGAGUAUUAUAAACAGUGAUGCGUCAAUCAACGUUUUUAGAAGAUUAAAAGACGUUAAAUUAAACCGGAAGGUUCGACAUUACAAAUUAAGGCAGAUUAUUUCACAAAAGCAUCGCUUAACUUUAAAAGAUACCACUGCAGGCUAUAAUAAUGUGUGUUUAUUUUAAUAAACCAAAACGUUACAAGCCUGCAUAUUUCAAAAACGCACCAGCACAGCAUUUCCAAGCUGUUGUCCAAUGCGUAUUUUUAGUUUGGUUGGUUAUUUCUGAAAAGGGUGCUGUAACAUUUGAGUAGCCGAUACU